AUGCCGUCACUCACGGCGCUCCCGACCGAGAUAGUCCUCGCCAUCGCCGAACUCUUGGGUCCUGCAGAUAUCAAAGGUCUCAGCUGCAUGAACCGCCGUCUUCGAAAUGCCGUUACCCACAUCCUCUUCCGAACGCUCAGCAUCGCGAUGCCCCUAGUCUCACACCUGUUGCUUGAGCACAUGCUCGAGAAAUACAACAAGUUCAUCUCUCGCAUUCACCUCCACGUGUUUCUCCGACCAAACCUGGAGGAAGAUAACGACAAUACCGUUAUGCCAAGUAUCGGGGGCACAAUGAAAAGCGGCACAUUGCUUGACCUCGUCAACGGAAAGAUCUUCUCCCACAUCGACUCGUUCAGCAUCCACUUCGAUCCUUGUCAGUUUGACAUCGCCGUCCGUUGGUACGGAAAUGACGGCGACUGGGGCGGCGGAUACGGCAGCGGCAGCAUCACUGUGUUUGAAGAUGAAGAAGACGAGGACGCAUGUUUUGAACUUGAGGAGGAACAUGUCUGGCGCGCGCAGUACUUCCAAUUACUCGCGGAAGUUAUGCAAAACCCAAAUAUCAAGAAACUCCGGUUCAUCAACCUGCUUCCUCGGCGAACCAAAGUCUUCGACACGUUGCAGUGGGAGAAGUUCCUUGGACAACUUACCCACUUUGAUCUUGGUAUCUUCGGAGCCGAAUCUGAUGGCGGGAGCGGUAAUGCUAUGCCUGGCUUUACGCAGUUCGUGGGAGAGUUCUUACCCCAGGACAUCAUGAAGUAUUUGAUCAACGUCAAGCAUCUGAAACUUGAGGCGAACGAGUUGAGUGUCUUCGGAGCGGGCCUCUACGGUGAACACUACUAUGCCCACGAUGUCUUUCCCCUCGCCAGUGAGAUCCCAACCCUCCAGUCCCUCGAGCUCAAGAACAUCACUCUCGGCGACUCCUUUCUGGGGUACCUUCGAAAGCAAGCUGACCUCCGUGAGCUAACACUUCACAACUGCAUGUGCGUGUGCCCCGAUGAGCCUGAGGAGGAAAAUGAUGAUAUUUGGUCAGAUCCAGCAAAUGCAGACGCAUUGGCUGUAAGAGUUGGCUGGUCAGACAUUUGGCAUACCAUCAUACUGUGGAACAAAGCCAUACAACAGGUCACCUACCUGCAGGAUGAACAGCCUCCUCUUCUUGAUGAAGAUCCUCCUCUGCCCAAGGGUUCGAUCGUGUGGAGGCAUGUCAAGAUUGACAAGUACUGGGGGAAUGUGGUAGAGGAUGAGGAGGCCAAUACUGAAGAGUAUCGCUGCGGCUGUUCCUCCGACAUGAACAGCAAUUUGAUGAAAGUGCUGAUUUCGCGGCGGCACAAGGAAGCACUGCCCACUUAG